CGCAGAACGAGACGUCGAGGUGGUCACACGCCUCGUCGGUUGGCGAAGAUGGUCAACAUCCAACCGUUCGCGCAUGUCCACUACUUUGGCUUGACGCCAGGUGUGGUGUAGUAGUUUCAGCUUGACCGAACUGGCCGGUUGCGCCCUUUGACGUCCGUUUUGGGUGUUCUGCAAACCUGACCCCCAAAUCCUACUCAAGUGAGGAUGAGGGGUGGCAGAGCAGCGCGCCGCAGCCGCACAGGACGACUGCACUGCGAGCGGUGCGCCGUGCCUCGCGCCUCGCGCACGCGCAGCGAUGCCCAGCAUUGCUGGCAAGAGCCCAGGCAGAGAGCGCGCCUCUCGUGCACGCGCUCCGAGCAGCCCCGAUGGAGCUAAGGGCGCAGAAACACAGACAGAACUUCUUCUUCCGCCCUUAUGGCUGUGUGCUUAGCCAGCGGCCUCCCCGCUUUCCCAUGCUGUUGAGGCUGGGCGGCGGGGUUGCGCCGAUCGGGGCUGGCCGCCGAAAGGCAGCCGUCCGUCUCGGCGUGCUGUCAGGGACAACUCGUUGCCCAGCGCCCUCGCCUCUAAUCUGCGGCCUCCCCAUGCUGGACAGGCUGGCAGCCGAAAGACUGCCGCCCGCCUCGGCGUGCCGUCGGAUCCCCCUCGGCGGCCCUCGGCAGUCCUCGGUGCGCCCUGCUGCGCCUGGGCCGCGCAGCACCCCUUCGAAGGCGGUGCGCAGCCCAGGCCUCCGAGCGUCCUGAGCAGAAGGUUCUGCAAGCUUCUCGGUGCUACCUCGCCAUGCUGCCUCUUGUUGCUGCUCGGCCUCCUGGGGCCGUCAGAAACGACCGGGGGCGGGGGGCCAGUUCCGCGGAGGGUGGGCCGGGAGGUCCGGUCCAUGGGCGCACGCUGCGAGCAGAACCAGGCACGUCGCCAUCACCUGCUGCGCUUGCUGACCAGGUGUUAACACAACCACUUUUCAAUUAAGGGGGUUCGGAUGGGGA